AUGUAAAAUUCAUCUAAGAAGCAAGAGACUCACGAUUGCAAUGAUUGUUGGUCUGCCCUUCUGUGUGGCUUAGUAGAAAUACUAAUUAAAACCAAAAAUCAAGAUCAGAUCAAACUACUAUUACCUCUGGCAAAUCAAUUUGCUCCUAUUAGGAUCCACAAGACAGUAGAAUUACUGAACCAAAUGAUAAGGAGUCCCAAUAUCGAUCUCUUCUACACUUUAGUUAAUCAAGAAGAAUCCUCAUAAAUAAUGAAGAUGCACAUCUUUGCCCAGUACAAAAAAAUCGCCUCACAAAUCUGUAACAAGGACAUUCUCUAGAGAUUGGGUCAGACUUUCAAGGUGGACACGAUCUUUUUGACGUAUAACACCUCCAUUUCACUUUCAAACAGUGAAAAUCUUCCCUUGAUACUCAAGAUUGUAUAAUUUCAAAGCCACUACACUGUGGAGGCUUAAGAAAAGUAAAGGAGUCGAUCUAAUUCAUUAUAGCAUGAUUUUAUAUUGGAAAUGAAGCAGGAAUGCAACGGUUGUUUGAGAUCAUUUGAUUAAGUUGAAUUGAAUAAAUCAAUAGCAUGUAGUCACACAUAUUGUAAACAAUGUUUGAAGUUGUAUUUCAAAUUGGGAUCCUACUUCAUUUGUCGAGAUUUCUAUUGCAAAAUAGAACUCAGUAAGGAUGAUUUCCCAUUUCUUUAGUUGUCCCCUUUGAUGGACCCUUCCGUCUAGGUCAAUAAAUGUCUCUAGUGCAAAGCAACACAAGGAACACUCUACACCAAUAAAUGUGGACACACCCAUUGUGAGAAGUGCAUCAAGGACUCCCUCAAUAAAUCAAAGUACUUUCAGACUCACUUUUGUUUGGAACCCUCGUGCACCGAAAUCUUGAAUAAUGAACUAAUCAAGAACAACAGCAAGGAGAUAGAUGUUAAUCAAUUGUUGUAGAGGAGCAAUUCAAUUAAAUAGAAGGCAUCAGAUUUCUGUGACUUUUGCAAAAAGACUCAAGAACAAGGAGUGAAGAACAAAUGCGGACAUUAUUAUUGUAAAUCCUGUCUUUAAUCUUAAUAUCAAUCUAUAAUAACGUAUGGUUUAAACAAAACAGUCGAAUGUCCAGAAUGCAAUUCUAAAUUCAACAUUGACACAAUAUUGGAGGAGUAUUACAUCUAAUUGUAGUAAUUAUCGACUCCAAGAUUGAGUAAGAUGAGAUCAAUUUCCUAGUAAUAGCCAGAUGUGCAGCCAUCCCCGUCUUUGGGGUUGAUCUUGAAUUCAAUCUAGGAAAACACUAGACUCAAGACAAACGAGGACAUAUAAUAGAGUCCGCAAUUGAAGAGACAGAAUAGCAUUGAUUUAAAGAGCAUCUAUAAUGGAGGGUCCACUCCUAGAAGAAUCAUUCCUCAGAUAUCUACGAGCAGCAGAAGCAAUUACCCUUUGACUCAAUAAUCGUUGCAGUUCCAUAGGAGUCCAUAAUUCUUUUGA